CUCUAUCUGUCCACGGAGGGAAUCUUCCAGUUUCUCUUCUGUGCUACGUAAGUCUUGUCUUCCUGGAGAGCUGAGCUGCGUUUGGUCUGAGGCUCAUUAGGACGCUGUGUGCGAUGAUGAGCGGUGUUAGAAAAGCUGGCAGGGAGUGAUGUUAACGGAACAGUCUGACCUCCUUCAUGCAUGAAUAUUUGAAGCGAGAUUGCACCUCUGUUACUUCCGGUUGGCUAGCUGAUGCUAAUCUGAAAGUAACACAAUGACUUCAAUGACGUGACGCAUGUAAUCUUCAUCUCUGCUUGUCCAGUGGAGCAGCUGCUCCUGCCUGAGUUGGAACAGAACUGUUUUGACUUGAGUGGCUGUUUUAAAAUGCUGUCCUGUUUCAGCUGCGGAGACAACAGUCCUCUCCGGGAUGUCUUCGCUGUGCAGCGUCCUGCCGGAGUUACCAUGGCGACAACCACUGAACUCAAGACCACAGACCAAGAAGAGAAGCUGGACUGGACUAAUGGAGAAGUGACAUUGAUCUACAGUGAGGAGGCAGGGACUCAGAUCAUCCAGCACCAGGACUCACAGACAGACUACUGCUCCAUAUCACCCAACGCCUCCCUGGAGCCGCUGGGUGGGUCGGACUGUUCCAGCACCGCAGGCGUCGCCUCAUUAAACAUCUGCAGCAGGAUGCCACCACCUGCAGACCUGGAGGAGUCUGGCAGGAACCAGGACCAGCAGGCAUCUGAUCUAGACACUGCAGAGACCGUGAACCCCACACCGCCUCAGCUGCACGCCUUCACUGUGCUGCCAGUGAAUGGAACUCUGUGGAUCCCCAGGCGUGGAGGUGAUGUCAUGGUCAUUGAAAUGCAGUCACACGGUGAUCAGCUGAGGGGGCGUGUCACUGCUGUCUUCAGUCCGCCUGGAUGUUCCUCUUUGGGGAUCCUGGAGGAGGCCGCACUAGUGGCAAAGGACACAGUUGUAUGUGGCUUUCAUAAGGAAAACAUGGAAUGGUGCCUGUGUGUCUGGAGGGGCUGGGGCUGCCGCGAGCUGGAAGUCUUCUACCAGUCUUACGAGGAGCUUGGCCGUUUGGAGACCAGCAUGAGGAAAAGAAGGUAGCUGUUGUGCUGCGUCGGCGAGGUGCAGACUCGCAGCUCUGUACGGGGGGAGCCGAGGGGAAUACACAGCGACAGACUGCCAGUGUUCAGAGCAGGGGGCCGCCGAAUGCUGACAUCAGGGCAACGUAGGAGGGGGAGGAGGACUGAGCCUCCAGCUGUGCACAGCAGUUAUGUCCCCUCACUACAUACCUCGUUACCAAUAAUAAGCCAAGACCUGAAAGAUCUGUAAUCCCACAGCAGACAUGGACAGCCACAGAUCAAGGUCGCCAGAACAAAACUUCACUUCUGCACAGAGGUUCUAAUGUCUGCUGCAUUUCCAUGUUGACACUGUUUGACUGGAAUUCAGCUCAAGAUGUUUGUGUCUGACUCCAGCUGCUGCAAUCCAUUGUUUAUUUUGUCUGUCUAUUUCAGUGUCCCUUCAUUUAACUAUUCCAAACAGCAACUUUAUGGAUGGGGACAUUCUUCAGAGACCAGUAUUGACUCUCUUUAAAUGGACUGGUGCUGGAGCUAGGAAGCAGCUGAGGGUGUAGAUGGGUGGAUGGCAGUGACACUGACUCAGAACACAGUGUUCCUCUCUUUAUCUGUGCCACAUGAACCUGCAUGACAGCCAAAGCUUCCAUUGUUCCCACACAACAUCUGUCUUCUGUUUAACAUUAUGCAACAGACCAGUGGUUUCCAGCUUUGCCAUCGAAGCAUACUUUAUUUUUUUUACAUGAAACUUGCUUCAGACACCACAGCGUGUUGCGAGCAUCUGUACCUCAGAAGAACAGAAACUGGUCUGUGCUCUGGGUUUUAGUUAUCGUUGUUACUGGUCGGCCUUUCGCUCACAGGGCUCAGGUUACCCCACAUGCAGAGGACUUCACAGGAAAUGAUGUCGUGGAUGUGAUGCGAACGACAGAAGCAAGUGCAUGUGCUCAUUUGACAUAAUGUAGAAGACAACAGUGGAUCAUUAGAGUGCAGUUUGUUGGCCAUUACUUCUAUAGUCUUCUUUAUUAAUACGACUUGCUGUAAACAUUCAAACUGAACUUUGGUUGUUCUGUUGACUCAUAUUAUUAAAAUACACCAGUAACCACAGGUGUCACCAAUUCAGACAGAACUGAAACCAGUAGGACUGCAGUUCCCAUGUAACUCUUCCAGCGUGUCAUACAUUGCCAUAAUACUUUUCUCUUGAUUAAAAUGACAUCAUCAGCAG